CGGAGCUGUCAAUCAGCCGCGGUGCUGCUGCAGGACUUGCAGUGUUUGUGGAGACGGAGACUGAGGCAAACGCUUUAAAGAUGGCUUCAGCUACAGACCCACGUUUUGGGCAGAAGGAGUCCUCGGAUCAGAAUUUUGAUUACAUGUUCAAGAUUCUGAUCAUCGGCAACAGCAGUGUUGGGAAAACAUCGUUCUUAUUCCGAUAUGCUGACGAUUCUUUUACUCCAGCAUUCGUCAGUACGGUUGGGAUCGACUUCAAAGUGAAGACAAUUUAUAGGAAUGAAAAGCGGAUCAAGCUUCAGAUCUGGGACACAGCCGGUCAGGAGCGGUAUCGAACCAUCACCACAGCUUACUACCGUGGCGCCAUGGGCUUCAUCUUGAUGUAUGACAUCACCAACGAAGAAUCCUUUAAUGCUGUCCAGGACUGGUCAACACAGAUUAAGACUUACUCAUGGGACAAUGCUCAGGUCUUGCUGGUUGGGAACAAAUGUGACAUGGAAGACGAACGUGUGGUACUAGCAGAAGGAGGAAAACAGUUGGCUGAUCAUCUAGGAUUUGAGUUUUUCGAAGCCAGCGCAAAAGACAACAUCAACGUCAAGCAAACGUUUGAGCGCCUGGUGGACAUCAUCUGCGAGAAGAUGUCAGAGAGCUUGGACGCGGCUGACCCUGCAGUCACCGGGGUGAAGCAAGGUACACAGCUGAAUGAGCAGCCUGCCCCACCACAUCAGGACUGCGGCUGCUAAAUAUCUCCCAGGAAACAGUCCCAACACCUCCUUUAUUUAUUUUUCCCUCUCUCUCUCUCUUUCUCACUCUUUCUCUCCCCUCCCUCCUUCAUGUCCUGCCCUCCUACUACUCCCUUCAAAUACAAGGCAGACAAGCCGGCUCCCCUGUGGACAAAGCUGCCAGCAGGCCUGAGAAUGCCUCCCUCCCAAAGCGAUGCCUGGGGUAGGGUGCUGUGUGGUCAGGAUACGCAGGUCAUGGAGGGUAUAAAACAAAGCCAGACCAUUGACACAUUACUCACCCCCAACUUCCCAGUUCCCCGUAACGGUGACGCCCAGUAUGGCAUUUGUGACAAUCAUCCUUUGGUUGACAUGCAGUUGGUCUGAUAGCCUCUGCUUCGCCACCCGUCCCUGGGUUAGUUCCUGUAAUUAUUUCCACCUGAGCAGGGAGCUUCGGUACUUUUGCGGUGAAAACUUGACCUUUAGGUUUAUAUGUGAAUUAUUCCCAUGUGAAAAUAUUAGUUCUUGUGCCAUCUCUGAUACAGCUUACAAAAGUGAGUGUGUGUGUGUGGGUAUAUCUCUCUCUCUCUCUCUCUCUCUCUCACUUAUUUUCAGAUGUGCACACACACGCACAUGGAAAUAUUCCAAUUAUCCACUCUGGUUGUGAGGGUCUUGAAGGUACUGAGGGAGUGGGGUCUGCACUGUUGACUCUGCAGUGAUCACACAGGCCUUUGUACCACAGUAUCGCGAGGCUCACUCUGACCGUUCCCUCAGUUUACGUGCAUCCUGACUGUUAUCCUUUGAAUUAGCGAACCUAGGUGCCACUUUUGCCAGCCAAAGCCACAUUGCAGUUCCCCAUGUGUCUGCACAGGCCUCCUCACGGAAUAUCAACAAGGCCCAGUAAGAUGCUGCAAGCAAGCUCUGGGGCUCAUUUCCAGAUGAAUAGAGAGGGAAGAGAUGUUGUACUAAACUGGUUAAACCAUACUCAAAGCAGCAAACAAUACUAGACUCCGUAACACACACAAGUUCUGGAGGAGCUACGAAAAGAAUCGUCAGGGUAUACGGAAAGAAGUUGUGCAAGAUGCAAUUUCAUUCUUUGGUAAGGAGGUGAAUGUAUGACAGGUAUUUAGGAUGAACAAAAGGCUUUGGCAGGUAGAAAUGUUGCUUCUCCAUGUUAGAUGAUGGAGCCAGGAUCCAUUCAUCUAAGAUGGUUGUUAGGAAUUUCUUUACUCGGAGAAUAAGGACAAUGUGGAGCUCACCCUGACGGAGAAGAGUUCAAGUGAACACCAGAGAAGGGUUUAAGGGGAAGCUGGUAGAACACAUAUGGGAGAGAGGAAUUGAAGGGAAUGGUAUUAAGAAGUGAGCCUUGAGAUAUAUAACUGUUCCCUCACUCAGAAGGUAAUGAAGCUAUGAAAUUUGCUAUACCCCAGAAUUAUGAAGGUUAGAUCAUUAGAGCUAUUUUAUAUGGAGGUAGAUAGCUCAGCGGUUUGAGAGUCAUGGGGAGCUGGUGCAGAGGAGAAGGCGGGGCUUGGGGUAGAUCAGCCCUGAUCAUAUAGAAUGGAGGGGCUAGCUUGAGGGGGCCAGGCAGAUUUAAGAUGGCCUCUGCAUCCUAUUGCCUUUUGUGACUUAGAGGUGAAGUGACCGGCCAGGCUGAUGCUUGGCCUUCAUCCUCUUGUUCUUGGAAAGCGCAGAGUGGUUUCAGAAUCUGGGCUUCACCGGUAAAAGCAAAUCUUUAAAAGUUGCCACCUGUAAAAGGGACGAUGGAAUCAGAUUGGCUUAAAAACCCAGGAGAGAAUGGAUGUGACAGGAUAAUAAAGAAUCAAUGGGCAGAGCUUCAAAAUAAAGGGACUUCCCUUUAGAACUGAGAUGAGGAAUUUCUUCAGCCAGAAGGUGGUGAAUUUGUGGAAUUUGUUACCACACGAGACUCUGUAGGCCAUGACAUUGGCUGUACUUAAGGAAAGAUACCAGCCAUGAUUGAAUGGUGGUGCAGAUGUGAUAGUCUAGUUCUGCUCCUAUAUCUUAUGGUCUUAUCUUAAACCAGCUGAUUAUUGUCCUCUGGGUAAGCAAACCGCACAGGGUCUAUACAUAACUACAGUUGCUCGCAAACAGUGAUUGCAUCGAACUGCCCUCGAAUGUGACUAAGCAAGUACUUGUUAUAUCAAACUACCUCAUAGCCAGGUGGGAGGACAGACUGCAGCAGCUUAAGAAUGGCAUGGCUCACCAGAGCCUUCUCAGGGUAAUGGGGCAUGGGCAACAAAAAGCCACUCCUGUUGGUGGCAGCCACCGCGUUCUGAGCAGGUUGAACCACUUCGCAAUUUACUGCUGAUUAGCGCCCUCAUGUCGUCGAGAGGUCCAGAAAUAGCCCGCUCCACUACCAGAACUGUUGAUAUUUGUUCCGAUAUAAUUUAUCAAUAAAUCACGGAAGUAGCUGUCCCAGCAAAAAGGUGCUUCAGCUCAUGUUUGUAGCACACACCUAGGAUCUGUGCUGCAGGAAUUUGCCAGGGGUAGUUGGACAGCACCUGACGAACCUGAAAUCCUGAUGUCUCGAGGGACAAGGACAGCAGGCGAAUGGAACAUCAGCACUUGCACAUUCUCUGCAAGUCAUAGGGCAUCCUGACUUAGAAAUUUAUCGCUGCUUCUGCAGUCUUGCUAAGUCUAAGUCUUGGAACUCUUUAUUAAUAACCCUGGGAAUACAUUGAUCAGAAGAACUGCCGCAGUCCAUGAAGGAGGCUCACCGCCGCUUUGAUGGGAACAUUUAGCGAGGCUCAGUGACUGCCGGACUUCACCAGCAUCACAUCACUGAAGUGAAAAAAAGCCUCAGGCCUCCAAUAGCUAGAGACAAUUAAAAAAAAAGUAUAAGGAGAUCAUUUUCAUUUAUUCAAUAAUAAAUGAGGACCACAGUGAAACAAAAAAUGUUAGAGAUAUUCAAUUGGGCAGAAAGUCAUCUGUGGAGUGGGCAUGCUGACUGAAUGAGUACUGCUGUGAUAGUGUCGUGGUUACAUUAUCGGAUGAAUCCGUCUCCAUGGGUGUAAUAAUUACUUGUCACAAUCUCAGCUUUGUUUUUGCCGGUAGUGCCCCGUGCAUCCCUCACGGUACACGGCUGUGGUUUCCGAUGUGGGUGAUGAUGUUGAAGCUGAUGGAGUCAAUCUCGCCUUUGCUUUGACUCCAUAGCUUGGAAGCCAAGAUGGCAUUGUCAAGCAGUCGAGUUUCUCCCUGGCACUGCUGAUAUCCAGAUCUUCAACCCCUCCUACCAUCCACUUCCCAGUUCCUCUGUUCUCUUUUGUUCUAAAUUCCUCUUUUUGUUCUGUGGCUGUGAAUGCUAGAGUCAAUUUUUCACCAUUCUGAGGGCAGUAUCAACCCUAACCGGACCCUACCUGUACCCGCCCAGAUCUCACGGCUAUUGCCUCUCACUUUGCCACCCUCUCCAUCUCAGCCCUCAUCUGACUGAAGGCCUGGGCAUGGGUCUAGAUCCUGGAAAUGCCUACUGGGCAGCACUAUGGGAGCAAAUUCAUCUCACGGGGAGCAGCCGUUCAAGAAAGCAGCUCACAAUCACCUUACAGGCAGUAAGGGAUGGAACCAGAAAGCUCUAACAAUGGUUGCCUCCACUGAAGUGGCAAAAUCAUCCAGUUUAUUCACACCAUCUGGGGAAAGACCUCGAGACUGACCUUGCCCGGUUUAGACCCACGUGUCUUACACUGAUAGGGGGAUGAGUUCAGAAAGGAGGAGGUUUCCUGCCACUUGAGGGUGAUCAGGCAUUAAAUGGUGGCCUGUAGCCAUUAUCCACCUCCCGAGAGUGAGCCUUCUAACAAGGCAUAAUAACCCUCUCGCCUGGCAGUCUAUGAUUGACCAAUUUUUACCUGUGGUUAUGGGGGACGAAUGCAAGGAGGUGUCUAGCAUGCCACAACUUGCAAAAAAAGAUUAGGGAAAAUAGACCUAAAACCCAAUAUACACUAUAAUGUGGUAAUCCUUCUUGUAUAUAAGUGUAAAUAGCCAGGAUAUUGGUUCGUGUGAAUUUGUGUAGUUAUGGUCUUAAUGUCUCUGAAAAAUGUUGCAGAGUUCUAACAGCUUGUUGUAGCUUAAGGUAUUUUUACCUCUCUCUGUACUUCUCAUUUCUUAAUAAACCACUCCCCCCAACUUUAUUGAAGAGCAAUAUAGACAUUUUGAAAUGGACUUUAUGUAAAAGUGUGCCUGUGUGUAUGUUGAAAAAAAAAUCAAUCUUCCAGCAACCCCGAAUGAAUAUUUUUGUUCCGCUCCAUAGAGAUAGGAUUUGUAUUGUUGUUAAGACACCUAACAUUUUCAUACUCAUAGGAGCCCUCCACACUUUUUUUUAAUUUAAAACGUUGUCUAUGAAAGCAUUUCUAGGUCAAGUUCAUAAAUUCAGAAUUGCUUAUGCAGAGAAAGGCUGGGUGUCCAGUCCUAGUGGACAGUAUCAAGGCCUGAUUUCAUGGUACAAGACAAGUAAUCUCACAGCAAUGAGGAGUUAGGCUAUGAUGAUAUUGUGAUGUGACGUGAAGCCCUUUGCAAUGCGCUGGCACAGGGAGGGAAGUGUGACUGUUGAAUGGGAGAAAGAAGCUGGUUGCUUCUCAUUAAUUUUCAAUUCUCUAUUUUGGAUUUCUGCGUAUGUCAAGGAGUUGGAUUGGAGGUCUUCCACUCCAAAGACUGUUAAAUAAUUAGUCUGUAUCUAACCUCUGCUCUCACUGUCCUACCAGUGUUUGGUGGGACAAUGUAGAGAGGGACUUAGUUCUGUAUCUAACCAGUGCUGUGCCUGGUAUACAUGGGCUGUCUAUUCACAAUGCCAGCACCACUGAUACACUGAAAAUGUACUACCUUGACAAUUGCCCUGGGCAUAUUUAACAGCUCACUGGUUGUGUGUUUGGCAACGACUGUGACCGAAAUCACUCUCCAUCAGUGCGGGUCAGCUAAAUCAGUGCAGCCUGUGAUCCCAAACUCUUUCAGCCUUUGUCCCUAAGAACAUGGUUCCAAUUCAUUAUCAACAUGAGAAAUCUCCUUGCAGCUUUAGCUGGCUGAAUUGCAGAUGGCAAAUAAUCCUGGAACCAGCUCCUCCCAACAUACUUCCAACAAUUCAUUGCUGCUAUGCAGGCCCAAUAACAUUUGUUAAUUGAGUAUGACCUGAAGGGCAGUGUUGCUGAUUAACAUAUCUGCAAAUUAUAUCUGGUGAAGGGGAAAAUGGGCAAAUUGGAGCAAGUUGUGCCAAUAUGUCUAUGUUAUUAUCAACUUCUUAAUUGCUGUCCCCUCCAACUUCGACCGUUGUGGAUUUUAUGCCUCAUUUGAGGAGAGAAUGGUUUAGAUGGACAGAAGAUAAUUGGCUUCAUGGGACAAGGCACUUGAUGGGAAGUGAGUGGUCACAUUUAGUAAUGGAGGGGUGAGGAGUUUUCUUUGGUCCAUGUUUGGGAUUGGGAAGUGUUGCUAUUAUUCUUUCUACUGGUAGAUUUAAGGAAGGGAGAGAAUAUAUGAUAGGUAAGAAUGUCCAUGAGCUGUGGGAGGAGGAUGGGACAGUCCAUGAUGGAGAUGAUGUACAUGGGCUGUGGGAGAAAAAUGAGUGGACAGGUACAGUCCAUGAUAGGGACAAUGACCAUGGGUUUUGGGUGAUAGGGCUGAGUCUCCAUAGGCUAAAGCAGAUGUAGAGAUUGGAUUGUUUCUGAUGAGCUCAUGAUUGACGUGAAGGCCCGGCUCUGCUCAUACCCAUCCACCCCACCACAACCCAACUCUCAUCUAAUAUUAAACAUGGAAUAAAGGAGACGAUUUUGCAGAAAACAUCCAUGUAUCUAUCUGGAUUUUUGAGAAGGGAGGAGAGCAGUAUGUUUGGUGGGCUGUGAGCAUUCAGGAUUUAGGUCUGUUGCCAUGGUAUGAUGGAAGGAAUUCUGUUUCUUUCCUACUUGGUCUAGAGCUGCUUGAGAUCUUUGAUGUGUGUAAAGUACAAACUGCUCCCUUUUGCUGGUCAGCUCUCAAACCUAGUUCAGGGAACAAUCCUGAUCACAAAAACACCUUGAGAAACUUAAAGCUCUUAACACAGAUACAGCCAGUUGUGACGGUUUCUUCUCAAUCACCUGAUCUUUUCUUGAAAUCAUAUUUCUGCUUAGUGAGAAAAAACAUCGCUGUAGAAAUCUGCAGACCGUCUCCCUCCCCGUUCUCAGUUGUGAAAUGUGCUAGUUCUCCAAAAUAUGGACUUUCUGUGGGUGUUGGUCAAUAUCAAAGAUUUACUUCAAAGAAACAAAAAGUCAAGAAAAUAUAUUUAAAGUGUCAAAAACCUAGGCUAUGAAUGAUUCUCAGUUUAUGUAUUAAGAACUUCUGUUGUGUAAAAUAUUAAAAAUUCACUAAAAUUAUCUUAAACUAAUGUGUCUUGUCUUGUGUUCCAAAAAGAAUCUUUGAUCAUUUAACGCUAGAGAGAAAUCAUCUUCUGAGGGAAGGAGAUAAGGUUUUGAGUUUCGGAAUCAAGAGUCAGGUUUUGUGCUUUGAUGUUGGUAGUAUAAAGUGGGACCAUUCUCAAUGGGAUGGUAGAAUAUCAGAUUCUAAAUCUGUUCCUACAUAUCAGAGGAGGCUGCUACAAAUAUUUUGAAUGCUACAAGGGAUGUCAGCUCAAAUUUCCUCCAUCGGGGAAAGCUAGAGGAGUGCGAGGCCAGCAGUAGGUUCCGAGUUGUGGGGAUGUGAACUCUGGACACAAGAGUCCUCAAUCUCCUUGUGAGGCCCUGAGGAAUAUCUUUGUUUUGCAUUGUGCUGUCUGCUCACCACGUUAGAUGGGGGUAAAGAGGUGUGUCGAUGCCAGGUGAUGUGGGCAUGGGAUAAAAUGGUACAGAAGCACUGGCUGAGGUGGGCAAGGGUUAUAUCAGAAGGAACAGCAUUGGAUGAAGAAGUGGGGUCAGCACUGGAUGAGAUGGUGUCAAAGGUAACAGGAAAUACAUUUUUCCAAAUAACAAGCGCUUGAAGACAACCAGAGCUGAUUGGGCCUGGCCUACCAUUCAAUUGUUCUUCCUCUACCAUAAAUCCAGAGAUCAUUGUGUUGCGUUGGGCCCCAGCGGUCUGUCGGUGUUUGCAUUGAAUGCAUUCAACAAUUAAGAACUUGUAUUCCUUCAAAGAUUCAUGGGCCCUGGCAGAAUUCCUUCUCAUCUCUUCCUUGACUGUCCAAGAACCUUUGGUUUCAGACUCUCCAGACCGAGGGAAGGGAGAGCCUUUCAUCAUCACAUUCAUGUUUAGAUGUGUGUCUCAAUGACAUCAGAACGUGCGCCGAAACAAAACGGAAAUAAACCAAGAGCCCGAGUUCAGAAACCAAAUUCAUCAUCAAACACAGAGCCAAAACGUCAGCUAGUCGGCGUUGGAGAAGGGUGACUGACAAAGGAAAGCAGAUUACAA